AACGAUAAUGCUGCUGGGGCGGCAGAUCACUUACUUCUGACGCUUCAAACCCUCAGGGAGUUGGCUCAAGAUUGCCUGUCUUUGAUAAGGUCCUCAAAAUCGGAGCUGCAACUUCGUGAUCGGGGAAAAGACUAGUGAAAAGCCAGCGAAAUAAAAACCAAGUGUGGGAAGAAACCUAUUGACUAGCAUUAAUAAUACAUUUAGCACCGAGUGGCUAAAAAAGAACCAGAUUUUUUCGCUUUUUGAGGGAGAGGGACGCAGAAAGCUGCAGUUGUUUUUAUGCAUCUGCCAGGACCAGGCGGUCGGUUGGUCCCUUUGAAGUGAACUGCUCCAGCCUCGCGGUUCAGUUGGUGUUGGAGUCAGCUACAGGAGGGACCUCCGCGCGGCAUGGCUGCCUGAAAGCACAGGGAGGAGAAAAAGGAGGAGGGAAGAAAGACUGAAAGGAGGGAAAAAAGCGAUUUAUACAUAUUUUCCCCCCUUUCAACGCAUUUUUUACUCACUCAAACCCGAACGGACUGUAUGUGGAGACAGACGGAGAACAGUAAUGUGGAUUACACGCGCGUUUUGUGGAUAAAAGAGCUAAAAGAAGUCGGAGUUGAAUUCGAACUCGUGGAUCGAUGAGAGAAGAGCCAGAGAGAAGCCCCCCCUCCCACCCCCCUGCUGACAUAAGAGAGUGAGUGAGGAGAUUACAGUAAAGCUGAAGAGGAGGCGAACAGCACACGGGGCUCUUCUCUCCUGCAGCCUUCAACAGCCAUGAGCCGGGCGCUUGUGGACCACAUCGCCACUAGUUUCCGAGAAGAUGCUCCUCGACCCCCGGUGCCCGGGGAGGAGGGCAAGGCGCCCUGCUGCCCCGGCAAACCCUCAAUGAUGAAGCCUCUGGAAUCCCCCAAAUCGCCUCUCCUCGGCUCUCCGGUGUCCUCGGCGAGGAGGAAUGAGGAUGGUCUUGGGGAGCCAGAGGGGAGUGCCUCCCCGGAUUCGCCGCUCUCCCGGUGGACUAAGUCUUUGCACACUCUCCUUGGAGAUCAGGACGGUGCUUUUCUUUUUAGAACAUUCCUGGAGCAAGAGAAGUGUGUGGACACUUUGUACUUUUGGUACGCCUGCAACGGCUUUCGGCAAAUGGACCUCAAGGAUACCAAAACUCACAGAGCCGCCAAAGCCAUCUACAAGCGCUACAUUGAGAAUGACGGCAUAGUGGCCAAACUCCUGAAGCCCGCCACUAAGACCUUCAUCCGGGACUCGGUCAAGAAGCAGCACACAGACUCUGCCAUGUUCGACCAGGCACAGACAGAGAUCCAAGCCAACAUGGAGGAGAACGCAUACCAGAUGUUUCUGACCUCUGACAUUUAUCUGGACUAUGUGCGGACCGGGGGAGAGAACCCGGGUUACCCCAGCCUGAAAGUUGUCUGUGGAUACCUGCCCACACUCAACGAAGAAGAGGAGUGGAGUUGUGAUUUCAAAGCCAAAGCUCUGGCUGGACUGUCAGCUAAAGGACCGAGGGGACCGAGUGGCGUGGAAGUGAUGGAGAGGGGAUACAGAUCCUGCAAGAGAGGAGACUCAUGCAACCCCUGCCACGUGGGCUCCUUUGCACCUGUCAGCAGCACCAAUGACAGCGAGGUUUCCAGUGAUGCCUUGACUGACGACGCCAUGUCAGUGACUGACAGCAGUGUAGACGGCAUCCCUCCAUACAAGCUGGGUACCAAGAAGCAGCUGCAGAAGGAGAUGCAGCGCAACAUGAGGAUGAACAGCCAAGUUUCGCUGCCUGCUUUCCCUCGCACCCAAUGUCCUCCCAAGGAGAUGAUCCCCAUGAAGCCGGCGGAGUUUGCGGCUCUCCUCAUUUCUCGCUUGGAAAGUCUGAAGGAGCAGGAAAACGGGAGCUCUCCGAAACAAAGGCUGCAGCAGAUUCAGGAGGAGGAGGAAAGAGAAGAGACGGAGAUCGAUGGGAGUGCUCCACAGCUAUCCCCGCAUCCUUUGACACUCCUCUCCGGCUCCUCCGAGGAAGAUCCCCAGGCAAUCCUCGACGAACAUCUUUCCCGGGUUUUGAAGACCCCCGGCUGUCAGUCUCCCACCAUGAUCCGACACUCACCCUGCUCCAGCUCUCCCGAGCACCGGGCCUUCGCCUGUGGAGGCUUUGGCGUCAAGGCUCUGCUGAGGGCUGGGCCCUCCCCUUCGUCGGUCUUGAGUCCCGAUCAAGGAGCGUUCACUCUGGCCGUGGGACCCAACAGGACUCUCAUUAGCAAGCAGAGCACCAAGCACAUCCACCACCACUACAUCCACCAUCACACCAGUCCCAAGUCGAAAGAGCAGAUCGAGAGGGAGGCGGCCCUGCGGGUGCACGGCAUGUGCUCCGGCAGCGGAGAACCUCGAGCAGCUUACCCGCGCAGUCGCAGCCUGGGCAGGGAGAUGUGUGGGGCCCCCUCAACGGACAGCAGCAUGGGGCGUUCAAGCUCGCUUUCGAGACACAUGUGUCGCUCGGGUGGGGAGGACGGUUUCCCAGACAGAUUUUCGGAUGACUGUGGGCCCUUACUCCCCAGCGACACAACAGACCCCACCCAGAACGUGUUGCAGUGGAUUAUGGAAAGUAAAAGACAGAGCAGGCACAAGACUCACAGUACGCAAAACACCAAGAAGACCUUUGGGGGCUCAUCGGCUCAGACGCACACAUGGGGUGGAGGAGGAAGCUGCGCUCACCUGAGGAACCACCAACCAGCUCAGCCCUUCAUACAGGACCCCGCCAUGCCCCCGCUGCCCCCUCCCAACACUUUGGCCCAGCUGGAAGAGGCCCGCCGCCGGCUGGAGGAGGUGUCCACCAAACCAUCCAAGCAAAGGCCAGUAAUCCAGCGAGAGAAAAACCACCAAGUAUCUGUCCAGGGAGGGGGCACCGUCCCUCUGUUUGUAGCCAGUCCCAACCCGGCCGUCCUCAACUCCAGCGGCUUCAGUCUCCAGUCAGAAGAGUGUAAAAAGGGCUUAGGAAACCCUGCCAGGAGCAGCGGGGGGGAGACGGUGGUGACGUAUUUCUUCUGUGGUGAGGAGAUUCCUUACCGGAGAACCAUGAAGAGCCACAGUCUCACCUUGGGUCACUUUAAGGAGCAGCUUCGGAAAAGGGGCAGCUACAGGUACUACUUCAAGAAAGCCAGCGACGAAUUCGAGUGCGGCGCCGUGUUCGAGGAGGUGUCUGACGACAGCUCCCUGCUGCCCACCUACGAGGGCAAGAUCCUGGGAAAGGUGGAGAGGAUGGAGUGACUCCAGGUUUUGAAGGAAAAAGCCGACUAACUGGAGUGGAAGCGACUGUUUGGGACUGUUGAGCCGACAGCCACCUCAAAGUGAAGAAAAUCUGACGGACUCGAACCCUCCUCCCGCUUAUCGCGUUUCGGUCGGGACUCUAGGUGAAUGACCACUUCGGGUGAAAUGCAGACUGACCUGACCCCUGCCUGUGCCUGUGUCCGACCACGGACACGGGCUAGCACAUCAGUAGUUUGUAUAUGCAGACAUACGUGUAGAUUGCAUUGUAUUGUUAUUCCUAUAAUGCUCUGUAAAGAUUUCUAUUGCUAUUUAUUGGAAAUAUCCCAAUCCCAGAUCCUCUUAUUACCAUGGACAAGCUGCUUGGAGAAACUUCUCACUUAUGUUUGACCCCUCCCCUUAAAUGAUGAGCUGUCUUAAACACAGAAAAUGACACAUUUACUACUGCAGUUCUAGUUGUAUGAAGAAAACUAAAAAUAUUCUAAAUAUUUGGAUUCAUUUUCUGGACCUUUGUCCAGCUAGCCUUGAUCUGUUGCGUCUCAGUGCCUUUGUUUUGUGGCGCAGGCAUCGCACAAAUAGCCUAGAAACGUGUACCAGGAGGACCCCCGUCUAAGAAACCCCCAUGAUGUGUUUACACCCAUUUAACUAUUUACCAACAAAAAGCUCUAUAAUGUGCUCCCUGUGAGUGUGUGUCGGUGUGUGUGUGUUUUAAGUCAGGUCAGUCUGUGUGUGAGUUCUGCACUGAGCUGCAGAGAAAAGAUGGUGAUUGUUUUUAAUACACUGUACAUAGUGUUUCCAUUGAGUACAGUAGCUGUGCCUACAUGGUUUGAUGCCGUGUUUCACCCAGUUUUCAGGGUCUUAUCAAUCCCUUGGUUUAACAAGGGGGGGGGCUGUAUGUGGAAAAGAUAUUUUUAUGCCUUUUAGAAUGCAUCACGUUUCUGUUUAAUUAUAUUUUUUUGAUGGCUUCCUCAGCUCCACGUGUAAACUGUAAAGUAUGCGUCCCAUAGAGCUCAGUUGAGAAGAUGCCUCGGUA